AUGGCAGAACUGCGCGAAGGCCAACGCCUCAAAUACACCGUCACCCACUACCGCCAGCCACACCUCACCCACGAGGAAUUCAUGAAAUGGAUUGUCGACGAGCACCUUCCUCUCGCCAUGCCCGUCUUCAAGAAACACGGCGUUCUCUCCUACACUCUCUUCGUCACCCCCGCCACUAUGAAUGAGCCCCUCAAGGAGGCCAUGAUCAAACUUCGCCCUACCUGGGACUACGCUGAUUAUGAUUGCAUCAUCGAGUACUUGAUGCCUAACGAAGAUGCCAUGACAAACAUGCAGCAAGAUCCAGAGUGGCAUGCUUCAAUCAAGGAUCAGGAGAAGUGGGUUGAUGUCUCCAAGGCGUUGCUCACUGUGGGGUAUGCGGUGCCAUAUUUGACGGAGUCUGGGGAGGUGAUGAACAUGUCUAAGUGA